UUCUGUGCUGUUCAGCGUUCAACGUUCAGUGUUCAUCGUUCUGUGUUCAGUGUUCGUUCUGUGUGUGUUUCAUGUGCGGUGCACGGUGUGUGCGGUGUUCAGUGUUCAGUGGAGUAACGACCACAGCUGCAAACGGACGUGUCGUGACGUACUCGAUAAGAUAAAACACACACAAUCCAAAUCGAAAUCCAAAACGAAACAGUUCAACAUCAAAUUACGAAAGUAAAUAAUCAAAAUUAAAAAUCAAAAGUGACAAAAUUAAAAGACAAGCAAAUCCAAAUCAAAAACGAAACAUCAAAUUACGAAAGUGUAAAUCAAAGGUGACAAAAUUAAAAGUUUCAAGUGUUUGCACCUUGAAAAUCCAAUCGAAGUGUUCGUUGCGGUGUCGUCCUCGUGAAGCGCGCGUGUGUGUCUGUGUGACAAAAUUUCGACGGCAUAAAAUGUAAGCCCGAGCUGCAAAAGAUUCAAAAUGCGUUUCAGUGCGUGGGCCUAAAACAAAGCACAAAGCAAAAGCGAAAGCAACGUUUCAUCUGUAAAACACUCUCUUACUCUGUCCUCUAAACUAUAUCCUAUAACUAGACCAGCAAAUACUAUAUACUACUAUAUAUAUAUAUACUAUUCGAUAUAUACAACAACUCGACAACUGUGCGUGUACUUCUUAGUCAGCUAUCUCGCAGCACAGACAAACAAGCGUAGCGUAUUAGAGCGUCCUUUCCCAUACAAAUGCUGCCAAUAAACGCCUAAAAUCAGCCCAAAUAAUAAGCCCAAAACACAACCAGAAAAUAACUGUGAUCAUAGCCUAAAACACGCAACAACAAUAACAACAACAACAACAACGACCAGCAAACCAGCAACCAGCCAGAGGAAGAGGAGACAAUGAGAAUGACCAUCAGAAGCCGCUAAAGAACUCAAGGAACUCUGAACACUACUCAAAAGCAAAUCGAGAGCCAAAAGCGUGCCACACUCACAAUUGAUGCCCAAUUUUACUGAAUUUAUAGAUCUGCAGAUACUGUAAAUACAGUAAAUUGAAAUCAAUUGCGGAGAGCAAGAGCCAAGACGACGACAGACAAUUAAGUGGCAAAGCAGGCUGGACGGUGGUGGAUGUAAUGACAACAAUUGACGCGAUGUAGCGCAGACUUAUGGUCGGCGAACGCGACAGGGACCGUGAGGCGGUACGCUGGGCAACGGGUGAAACAACACCGCUUCAAAACAAUAAUGGAGUGUUACAAAUGGUCGGGCAAUUGCAUGGUGGACAGGCUGCUAGCCAACAGCAGCAGCAACAACAGCAACAACAACAACAAACUCAACAACAGCAACAGCAACAGUCUAAGCAACAACAGAAACUGCAGCAACAGCAACAGGAGCAACAACAACAACUGUUUUAUCAGCAACACGAGACAACUGCGCGUGGACUGCAACUUGCGAGCACAGCCGACGGCGGCGAUAAUCAGCCCUAUUACGAUACAAGCGGUAAUGUCGAUUGGGAGAGAGCGAUGGGAGCCGGUGGAGCUGGUUCAUAUGGUUGCAUCGGCGGAGGUGUCACAGCAACUGGCGGCGGUGCUUAUAACAGCAAUGCAUCUAAUGCCAUCGGCGGUGCUGUCCUCAACAAUCGUCACCUGGAUUACCCUGAUGGCGGCCACCUUGCUGGCCCAUCCGCCUCAGCAGCGGCUGCUGGCCAUGGCCUGGGAGCAGCUAAUACAGCUGGAGGAUCGCUGCGACUCGUCGGCGUCGGCGGCGUCGGGGGAACGUCGUCGUCUGUUGGCACUGGCGGGGGCAGCACGGGGGCCAUUGGCAAAGAAGUUCGUUACGCUCCAUUCCCAGUUACAUCACCAACGCAUUCAAAUCCCACAACUUCCCAGCAGCAACUGCAACAACAGUUGCAACAACAAAUGGCACUCGGAGGUGGUGGUGGUGGAGCCGGCAGCGGCAUUGGUGGUGGCAGCAUUGGCGGCCCCGCUGGCAGCCUCGGCGGCGGCGGUGGCGGUGUUGGUAGUGGUGGUGUUGGUGUUGUCGGCGUCGGUGUCGGCGUCGGUGUCGGAGUUGUUAUGCUGCCACAAACAGGUGGAGCAGGAGGUGGCUCUAAUGCCGGCGGCAUUAGCCACAGCAAUACAACGGGCGCUCUGCAGCGGACACAUUCCAGAUCCAUGUCCUCCAUACCGCCGCCGGAGCCGUUCAUGAUAGCGCAAUCGAAGCAAAUGAACAGCCGCGUCUCCAUCAAUGUUGGUGGCGUUAAGCACGAGGUGCUCUGGCGCACCUUGGAACGCCUGCCGCACACGCGUCUCGGCCGGCUUAGGGAGUGCACCACCCAUGAGGCCAUCAUUGAGCUGUGCGACGAUUAUUCGCUCGUCGACAACGAGUACUUCUUCGAUCGCCAUCCGAAGAGCUUUAGCUCCAUUCUCAAUUUCUAUCGCACUGGCAAAUUGCACAUUGUGGAAGAGAUGUGCGUGCUUGCGUUUAGUGAUGAUCUGGAGUAUUGGGGCGUUGACGAACUCUAUCUCGAAUCAUGCUGUCAGCACAAAUACCAUCAACGCAAAGAGAACGUGCACGAGGAGAUGCGCAAGGAAGCCGAAUCAUUGCGUCAGCGGGAUGAGGAAGAGUUCGGCGAAGGUAAAUGCGCUGAGUACCAAAAAUAUCUCUGGGAACUGCUCGAGAAGCCCAACACGAGUUUCGCUGCGCGGGUUAUCGCAGUGAUAUCCAUACUAUUCAUAGUCCUGUCUACCAUAGCCCUGACGUUGAACACCCUACCACAACUACAACACAUUGACCAUGGUACACCACAGGAUAAUCCGCAAUUGGCAAUGGUUGAGGCCGUGUGUAUCACGUGGUUUACCCUUGAGUACAUACUUAGGUUUAGCGCCUCGCCGGACAAGUGGAAGUUCUUUAAGGGCGGCCUUAACAUAAUCGAUCUAUUGGCAAUACUCCCAUACUUUGUUUCGUUAUUUUUAUUGGAAACGAAUAAGAAUGCAACGGACCAGUUCCAGGAUGUGCGCCGGGUGGUGCAAGUAUUCCGCAUCAUGCGCAUCCUGCGAAUCCUUAAGCUGGCCCGUCACUCAACGGGCCUGCAGUCGUUAGGCUUUACGCUGCGUAACUCAUAUAAGGAACUCGGUCUACUAAUGCUGUUCCUGGCCAUGGGCGUUCUCAUAUUUUCUUCGCUGGCAUAUUUUGCCGAAAAGGAUGAAAAGGAUACAAAAUUCGUUUCAAUACCGGAAACAUUUUGGUGGGCGGGUAUUACAAUGACAACUGUUGGCUACGGGGACAUCUAUCCCACAACUGCACUGGGAAAGGUUAUUGGUACUGUGUGUUGCAUAUGCGGUGUUCUGGUAAUCGCUUUGCCUAUUCCCAUCAUCGUUAACAAUUUUGCUGAAUUUUAUAAGAAUCAGAUGCGACGCGAGAAGGCCCUCAAGCGACGCGAGGCGCUCGAUCGUGCCAAACGCGAGGGUAGCAUUGUCUCCUUCCAUCAUAUCAAUCUAAAAGAUGCGUUCGCCAAAUCAAUGGAUCUCAUCGAUGUGAUUGUCGACACAGGCAAGCAAACAAAUGUUGUGCAUCCGAAAGGUAAAAGACAAAGCACCCCCAAUAUAGGCAGGCAAACCCUUGACGUGCAAAGCGCUCCAGGACACAAUCUCUCCCAAACGGAUGGGGAUGGCAACAGCACCGAGGGUGAAUCAACCGAUCGCAAUCCAGCAACCACAGGCACCGGCUGCUAUAAGAACUAUGAGCACGUAGCCAACUUGCGUAACUCCAACAUGCACCACCGCCGCGGCUCUAGCUCCGAGCAGGAUGCAGUGCCGCCUUACAGCUUCGAUAAUCCCAAUGCCAGACAGACCUCAAUGAUGGCCAUGGAGAGCUACAGACGUGAGCAGCAGGCACUGUUGCAAUCCCAACAGCAACAACUGCAACUGCAGCAGCAGCAACAGGAGCAAAAGAAGCUGCAGGCAGCAGGACAAUUGCCAGCCGGAGGAGUGGCCAACAAUCUGGCGAUGGUGGCAGCUUCAAGUGCUGCCACAGCGGUGGCAACAUCCAGCACUGCUGGACAGGAAAGUGGAGCAGGAGCAGGAGGAGGAGGAGGAGUUGCUGCGGGAGGACAGGCAGAGGAUGCGAUGACCAUAGCGUCGAAUCAGAAAGGAUUGCCCAUACAGAUGAUGAUAACACCAGGGGAAGUGGCCGAGUUGCGUCGCCAAGUGGCGCUCGAGAACCUGCAGAACCAGCGCAUGGACAAUCUGGAGCAGGAUGUGCCCGUGGAAUUCGAAUGCUGCUUCUGUACAACCAAGGACUUCAAGGAGUACACCGAUGCAGAGGGCGUCAUCUCGCUUCCAACCUCCGACUUCCACAAGCCCAUCUGCCUGGAGAUGCGCAUGGCGGCGGCCAAUCAUCAUCAACAGCAGCAGCAGCAGCUGCAGCUGCAGCAGCAGCAACAUGCCAAUCGGCAGGCCAAUCAAUUUGGUCUGUUGCAACCUCCGGAUGUUGCCACCGCGUUGCCUCCGCCUCAACUGUUGCCAUCGUACUCAAGUGCAGCGAAUGCUGUGCCCAUCAUUUCGCAAUCAUCGUCGACAUCGUCGUCGUAUGGCACCACAACGUCCACGACCAUCGCACUGCCACUGGAGGCCACUCAACGGCAUUAUGGGGCGCCCAUUGCCAGCAACUUCAAUCACAACUACAACAACAACUUCAACACGACGACAGUCGGAGCGGGUCUCGGAGCUGUGGCCAGCUCUGGCCACCAGACGGCAACUGGCAAUGGAUUGCUGCUGUUUGGCAACGGCAACUAUGCGGGCAUCUGCAGCAGCGUCAGCGGCAGCAACAGCAACAACAACAACAACAAUGCGGAUCUCGCCAGCGUCGACAGCUCGGACACUUAUGCCAGCUGCCAGACGCAUCCGUUUCUGUCGCAGGGCGAUCUCACUGCCGACUUCAACGACGAGGCCUGCGCCUUGGACAUUGACAUGGACAAUCUGUACAUCAAUCCCCUCGAGAAGGAAUCCUGCCGCUCCACCAACAUCAGCAGCUCCACGGGCUUCAUUGUCGGCCUUCCGCCCACGGUCUCUGCCUCUGGUCUCUCAAUGCGUGCGCAGGUCAAGAAGAGCGCCUCGGGUGACACAGCGCUGCGAAAUCUUGCUGCUGGUGGUCUGAGUCCCUUGGAUGAUGUCUAUCAGAACUUUGAUGUGCAGGAGCGUGGCAGUCGUGUCAGCUUGAACGAGAACUCAGUGCCAAAGCAUCGCAAGACGCGUUUCCAGCAGAGCUUCACCGCCAUGCGACCCAGCUCGAGCAGCGGCGGCAGCAACAAGCCACGCGCUCGCUUCGAGGACACCAAACUGAGCGAGGACAAUGUGCGCGGGGGAGUCGAGGGCGCUGCUGCCUCUGGCGGCUCUGCAGUGGCAUCUGCAGCGUCCACAAGCGGCGCUGCCGCUGGCGUCGGCGGCAGCAAGAAGAAGCGCUCGGCCUUUAUGCCGGGCAAGAGCUUAGCCACUGCCACCAAACUGAUAAAUCAGCGUUUGUUUGGCAUACAAAAUGCGGGCGCCAAAGCCAAAUUUGAGAGCAAGCAUUCCUCAUCGAUAGACUCGAUUGAUGCAUCGCCGAAUCUGGAGCAUCACAGGCGCUCCAAGUCGAUACUGAAAAACAAGUCUGAUGUCUCGCGCGUGCUGUCCGAUCCCGAAAGCGAACGUCUCUUGGCGGACAAUAUGUCCGGCUCUGGCGUAUCCGAUAAUGGCACAGUCAUGGGCGAAUCUGGCAGCGAUUACUCACCGAAUAAAUUACCUCAUUCAGUUUUAGCUAAGUCUAUAUCCCCACCACCCCUCAGGCAUCGCACCCUAAUGCAUCAACGCUCCGGUCCCGCGACACUGCAAACGAAGCCAACCAAAUUCCAAACUCCACGCUAUCCCGAGGAGCAGGCACUGCGCCAAGUGAAGCCUCCCGUGCUCUCUCGCUCCUCUCUCUCGGCACAGACAUCAACCGAUGGUCGCUACGAUCCGAGUCAGACCCGGGAUAGCAGUCUGGACUCCGAGACAACAUUCACCUCGCCAGCGAGGCAACAACCGGAGGCAACCGCAACCGCCGCAGCCAAGCCGCAGGAUAAUGCCGAACAGGAAGCAGAGGGCGACGGCGAUGGCGAUGGCGAAGGCGAGGGGGAAGCUGAAGGUGAGGGCGAGGCAAACGACGAGCAGCGUGCGCUGUUGCAGCCACAAAACCGCGACGAAGCGAGCAAGGACGAUGGCAAAGGAUCUGGAGGAGGAGGAGGAGGCGGUGCAACAACAUCAAGCUCUGGAGGCGGGGCAACGUAGCAAUUAGUGAAGACAGACACCAAGAGCGCUUAGUAGUUAUUGUACUAUAUAAAUAUUAUGAAAUGAUGAAAUGAAAUCGUAAGGGAAAUCCCACACUCAAAAACACACUCAAAAUACAACAAAAUGAAAACAAGAAAACUCAAAGUGAUAGCAAAGUUAGCGAAAAUGGAAUGUGAAUUAUAUAAAAGCAAUGAACAGUAUCCUAGUCUAAAUCGUGGUGCAGAUAGGGAAGCGUUGACGUUGAAUAUUUUUACAAAUACAAUAACUGAAACCGCAUAGAAUCCAAAAACAAUGAACAAGAACAGCAACUGAAACUACUCAAAAAGCAAAAAAAAAACACAAAACCCAAAAAAAAAAAAAAAAAACACCAAAUAUAAAUAAAUAAUAAAGCAAAUAUCGUU